AUUUUCUCGAAGAAUCGUCGAGGUUGUAGGUGUGUUGUGUAGCUGUAUAUAAGGCGGAGGGAUUGAACUGACUGCCAUUCCAGCAUUCAGCUUCAACACUGAACACGACCGACAACUGAUCGCCGAAGCAGCGAGAGCGUCUAGCGUAUACAACGUAACUGGGCCAAAUUCUUUUGACUGGUGAGUCCACACUAAACACGAGUGACAACUGACUACCGAAGCAGCGACAGCUCUUAGCGUACAAACGUAGCUGAGCCAUAUACACUGAACUGCUUCAGCGACAUCGUUGACGAGGAGAGGAAGAAACCAAAGACGAUGUUGUUCCAUGUAGUACCCGCAGACAUGUUCAGAGAGCGUGCCGUAUAUUCAAGACCCUGCUUUUACCAGAGAAGCCCGCGUUGUCAACAGCAACAGUUGGGUAAUAUGGGAUUCCUGCAUGACAUAUUCCGUCCUCUCAUGGUGAUGUCACAAAACAACCCUAAGUCGGAAGCUGUCACGGUAGACGCCCAUGUGACACAGAAAAUGUCAGCGUGUCACACGUCGAGGUGCACAGAAGGGGAGUGUCUUACCCAGAAACGGCAGUCGGAAUCCAUAACUGCAAGCCUCGAUUUCCGCGGUUUUUCUGCAGAUGAAAUCAAAGUGAAAGUCACAGAUAACGCCAUAGUUGUGUGUGUGGCCGACAUGAUAACCCCAGCAACUCCUUCCGGGUCACAAGAAGACUUCCACUACCACCUGGUGUUGACAAAACGGGAGUUACCUGCCGAUAUGUUGACGGCAAGGUUAUCCUCGAGAUCCCUGCGUCCGCAAAACACAGUGUGGAGGACAAACCGGAGAGGCAAGAGGGUGAGAAGAAAGCUGAACACAAGGAGAAGAACCAGAUCUAACCCAGCCAGGACAAGUGACACAGAUGAUGAUGAGUACGACGACGGUGGAAUGGAAGGAGAAAAAGGAAGUUCAAGCAGCUCUUCAAGAAGGCAUGAAACACCUGUUUUCCACUAUGUUUGGUCUUCCUGUUGUUGAGAGGAAGGAGAAGAAGGAUUUGUCCAAUGGGAGUCCUGAUAAGGAGGAACAACCUGCUGAGCAGAUGACCACAGAUAAAGACACUGAGGAGCCUUUUCCGGAAGCGUACAACAAAACGGCAGCCGGGUCCUUUGACAAGCAAAUGGAUGUCGAGGAAGAGAGAAGCGAGGAAGAAAAAGAGCAGGAAGAUACCUGCCUAAUGUUGAAGUAUGACGAGAAGCCGUCUCUCAGACAUGACACUAGUGACAUUGGUUACGUGGAGGAGCAGACGACAGCUGACAGUGCUCCACCAGAGCAGACGACAGAUCAAAAUACGGAGGAGGACGAAGACGUAGAGUCACUGAUGUCAGAUGGAGAGGAAGAUGCCGAGAGUAUACUGAUCAAAGCCGACGAGAAUCUUCCCGUCUCCUCAUCAUCACAAGACUUUGAAAUUCGGUUCGAUCUGUCCAAGUACAAACCAGAAGACAUCCGGGUAGUUGUAAGAAAUGGUGACGUCAUCGUGGAAGCAGAACGCGAGAGCCAGUGUGACGGGUACAGCGAAACUGAAUCACUGCAAAGGCGCAUACGUCUCCCGGACAAAGUGGAUCUGUCUAUGUUGACGAGUAUCCUGAAUUCCGAGGGCGAGAUGACCAUUCAGGCGCCAUUCCAGUCUCAGACAAUCAGUGGGAAGGAAGACAAAACUAUUCCAGUUGUUUGGGAGUGAUUUAAGAUGAGCUUGAGAUCGAUUAAGUUCAUGAUAUAGGACUCAGUAUUCGAUGUGUUGAGGUGUUCGAUGUGUCUUUCACAUUUCUGACUCAACAUGCAUCAGGACGCAUACAUGUAUGUAUCGGUGAGUGAGUUUGGUUUUACGCCGCUUUUAGCAUUACUGCAGCAAUAUCACGGCGGGGGACACCAGAAAUAGGCUAUGUAUCAGUACAUAUAUACAGAUUUAUGGCAAGGUAUGCGUCUUGAUGUGCUGUCACUAUACAGAUAAGAACAGGAAAUACGUCCUCUGUUAUAUAAGCUGUGCUGUGAAAUUGAUGUUUAACAUUUUGUAUUUGAUCAAAUCAUAAUGUCUGUUUGAUCUCAGGAAUUGUUUAAAUCAGUUUAUUUAGUGUAACAUGAUACAUGGAGUCUACUGUCACAUCAGUUCUUUGUAAAAGUAAACAUUCUUACUGGCAUCUUCUGUACAUAAUUCAGUCAGAUUCAUCAAAACAUUUAGUUAAGCGAAAAUUACGGCAUAUUUCAAUGAUCUCCAUUUCGUUGUUGAUAAUUAUAAUUUCUAAACAAUGCAUGGGCUUUGAUUUUGAAGCUGUCGUCUGUAUUUUGUCAUAUCUUACAUUGUAUUUGUACACUACAUGCAUGAUGUUUUUUUCGAUUAAUAAAAUGACAUAAUUGUA